CUGCGCCCGCAUCGGCGCGUGCACAGCGUGGUGUACGCCGGGUUCAGUUCCGGGUCCCUGCGCGACCGCAUUCUGGACGCCCAGGCCAAGGUGGUCAUCACCGCCGACGUUGGCUACCGCGCGGGCAACGAGGUCGACCUGCUGGGCAUCACCGAGCGGGCCGUCGCGGACCUGGACGUGGUGGAGAAGGUCGUGGUCUGGCGGCGCAAGGGCGCGUCGGACGAGGCGUCGCUGGGCGCCCGCGAGGUGGACUUCGACGCGCUUAUAGCCUCGGGCAGCGUCGACUGCCCCGCCGAGGAGAUGGACUCGGAGGACCCGCUGUACAUCCUCUAUACCAGCGGCACCACCGGCAAGCCCAAGGGUGUGCAGCACGUGCACGGCGGCUACAUGGUGGGCACCUACUACCACUUCAAGAACUUCUGGGACCUACAUCGUCUACGCGCCGCUGGUCGCCGGGGCGACGACGGUGUUCCGCGAGGGCGCGUGGACUACCCGCACCCCGGCGUGUUCUACGAGACCAUCGAGAAAUACGGCGUCAACGUCGUCUUCACCGCGCCCACCGCGCUGCGGAUGCUGAUGCGCUACGGCGAGGACUACCCGCAGCAGUACGACCUGCGCUCGCUGCGGUUCCUGACCUGCGCCGGCGAGCCGCUGAACCCCGAGGCGCUGCGCUGGAGCUACGAGCACAUCUGCGGCAGCGGCGAGUGGGGCCACAUCGUCGACAACUGGUGGCAGACGGAGACGGGCGGCCCGUGCCUGGGCACCACGGCACCAUGCCGGUGA